GACAUGUAUUAUGAAGGAAUGCGGUCGUUCUCUUCAUUCUUCAUUGUGUAGACGCAAGAUUUGAUUAUAUUUUAAUAUCUGGUUUGGGCGUGAUCAACGUCCAGAAACCGGAUUAGCAAAGUAGGCGUGAAUUCUUAGAACAGCAGGUGAUGCAGAUGGUGUUUAUGCGGCGCUAGGACCCAGAGGACACCUUCUCGUUCUUUCAAGGCACAUGCAAUUUGCAUGCGCGUGUUCUGCAAGGCAAAUGCUGUAUGAGUGCAACCGUAACCACCGGAAGAUCGAGCAACAGACUCGCAGACUCGGUUAUUGGUGGAGGAUCACUGUCGUGAUGGGAAGCUUUCAGUCUUUGCCGGAUGACCAUCAAUAUCAAACCCUGUCAAAGAAUACAGGCUUGAACAAUGACUGAUGUUAUCAGUCUCUAACAUUACCCUUAUGCUGUCUAGAAGAAAUAAAGUCAAAUGGAUUUGGAGCAAAAUGAUGUUUCACUGGAGCAGAUCGCUAUUCUCCACAAUCGCUUUAAGCAGCUCAGCCAAAACGAGGAAACAUUACGGAGAGAUGACCUUAAAACAAUCCAAGACCUGGAAAGCAACCCAAUUCGGUCCCAGAUUAUAGAAGCUUUCUUCGAUAGUAGGAACUUCCAGAACGAUGGUGUGGGAUCUGUGGAAGAAAUUGGUUUUGAGGAAUUCCUUACGGUCAUGUCGUACUUCAGAGCACCACCCCAACACAUCACAGAGGAGCAGAGAGAAAAAAUUAGAAGAUCCAAACUGCGCUUCCUGUUCAACAUGCAUGACACAGACAAUGAUGGAACCAUAACACUGGAGGAAUACAGACAUGUAGUAGAGGAGUUGUUGUCCCGUAGUGGAGCUCUUGGAAGAGAGACAGCUAAAGGCAUUGCAGAUGCUGCAAUGCUGGAGGUUGCCAGUAUCUCAGUCGGUCCCAUGGCACCUGAUGAUUUCUAUGAAGGAAUAACAUUUGAGCAUUUUUUGAAGAUUCUAAAUGGAGUUGAAAUUGAGACAAAUAUGCACAUUCGCUUCUUAAACAUGGAUGCAACUGUUUUGUGCAAGUAACAUUAGGUCUAAAUACUGCUGGUUAAAUGUAUGUUUUCCAGUAAAAUAAGCACUUUAUUAGAUGAGGCUGGUUUAGAAUAAUUUGGAUAGAUCUCUAGUUCUAUUAAUUAUAAGAUACUUAUUCUACAAAAGUUUAAAAGCAAUAAGAAAAGUGUGUGUAUUGAUAUCUGAAACGGCUUGCUUUGCAUGCACAUAAUACAUAAUUAUGAUAUGAUAUAAUUAAAACUAUGCAAGCAUGUGUUUAAUUAUUUAAUUUAAUUUUUUUAAAUUAUUUUGUCUUUAUUCUAAAAGAACUGAUAUCGUACAAUUUUAAAAAAAAGUUGAAUGCUUAUAACCAAAUGCAAUUGUAAUAUAUUUUCACUGAAAUAUAUGAAUACUAAAUAAUACUAAACAUGUUAUUAGCAAUGUGAUAUAGCAAUAAUUAAUUUUUGUUUGCGUUUUGAUGUGCAAUAAUACUAAUAAAUGAAAACAGUACUUGAAACCAGUCUCAAAAAAGAACUGCAGUUACUCCUAUCAACCAGCAGAUAUCGCUGAUAUCAUUGCUUUAAGCCAGUCGCUUUAGAAAUACUCAGGUACUUGUACAACCAAUAAGCAUGUUUCAGAAUGUUCUUGCAAGUGCAACUAAAAAGUGUGUCAGCAAACAUUACAUUACAAACUAUGCAAAAAAAAUUCUAAAACAAUUCAUGAGACUGUGACACCGAUAGUCUGUAACUGUUAGUGUACACCAAAGACCUUUAAUCAAUUUCAUUAGCCAUGUAUAGUUCAAUGAUGAAAGACUUUGAGACAUAGAGCUGAAGUUGUGCUGUGUUAGCAGUUAUAAAUUGUGCAUGGAUUGUGCAGAUGUAGGUUUAACAGUUGAAUUAAACUUUGUGUUGAGCAUUUUAUUUGCAAAAAUGAAUAUGGCAUUUUCUCUGUGAAAAUGCAUAAAUGUCUCAUAAUGAAUUAAUGUGUCUUCUGAAGGACAAAAAAUGACUGUACAUGCACCCACUUUGUAUGGAAUCAACGUGCAACUUGCAUUUACCACAAUAAAACGGUAUCUUGCAACUCUGAAAA